GUCGACGCGCUCGACGACGCGCGCUCGAUCGUUGAACGCGGUCGACGUCACCGCGAUUCGAUGGCCGCGAGCGCGUCCCGCGCGCUUCGCGCGGCGCCGCGCGCGCCGCGCGCGUCCCGCGCCCGCCGUAACCCUGAACGCGGCGCCGCGUCUCGCGCCGUGGCGACGCGCGCGAGCGUGUCCGAGGCGUUCAAGGCGGUGCUGGACGAUGGCAAGCGAGCGUUCAUUCCGUUCAUCUGCGCGGGCGAUCCCGAUCUGGAGAGCACGAAGAAGGCGCUGAAGAUUUUGGACGACGCGGGCGCGGAUGUCAUCGAGCUCGGCGUGCCGUACAGCGACCCGUUGGCGGACGGACCGGUGAUUCAGGCGGCGGCGACGCGGGCGUUGGAGAACGGGGCGACGUUGAAUAAGGUGAUCGAUUUAGUGCGAGAGAUGACGCCGCAGAUUAAGGCGCCGAUCGUGAUGUUUACGUAUUACAAUCCGAUUUAUCAACGCGGAGUGGAUAAAUUUUGCGCCGACAUCGCCGCGGCUGGGGCGAAGGGAUUGCUCGUGCCGGAUAUUCCGUUGGAGGAGACGUACGAUGUGAGCGAGAUCGCGAGUAAGCACGGCAUAGAGCUCGUUCUGCUUUCCACGCCCACGACGCCGGUGGAACGGGCGAAGAAGAUUGCGCAGGCGACGAAGGGGUUCGUCUACCUCGUCUCCGUCACGGGCGUCACCGGCGUGCAAUCGAACGUGGCGACGCGCGUGGAGCAAUUGGUGGAGGAGUUGAGAAGCGUGACGGAUAAGCCCAUCGCGGUCGGGUUCGGGGUGAGCGAGGCAAAGCACGCGAAGCAAAUCGUGGAUUGGGGCGCCGACGGCGUCAUCGUCGGUUCCGCGCUCGUGCGCGCGCUCGGCGAAGCCAAGACGCCCGAGGAAGGUCUCGCCGCGCUCAAGGCCAAGGCUGAGGAAAUCCGCGGUGGCGCCACGCUCUGAGAAAGCGUCUUCACGCGGCGCGAGAGCGACGAACGACCUAGGUAGCGGUGGACAUUUUAAUCUAUUAACAACGCUCGAGCGCGCCC